AUCGAAUGGAUCGAUUAUAAUUUCCCGCAUUUGUCGGUUGCAUCGUGCGUUUCAGCUGGCGGAGUUCUUGAUGGUAACAUGGUGCUCGAUGAUCGUGGCUCGAUCAGAAACUGUGGAGAACGAUCAGGAGAUGCUGCUGAGGAGGGCGGCGGAACAGCUGGAGCGAUUAACACCGUAUCGAAGAACCGCGGAAGAUCGGGAAUCCGAACUCGCGGGUUUGCUGGAGACAUGGAAGUCUUCCGUGGAUCAGAAUCAGUUGGACGGGACGAAGCAGUUAGACGGAAGCGAUGCGAAUCAGAAUGUAUCUUGGGAGAUGUCCGAGACCCUGCCGGAACAAACGGAGCCGGACGCGACGAAGCGGAUUGACGACAAAAAGCUGAUAACUAUCGGCGUUAUCGCCGACCCGCGAUACGCCGCGCUGAUGCAGGACAGGAUAAAGAGGGGCUUCGACGUUGGAUCCGCCAGUCUUCUAACCAGCAUAGCAGGCGGAGUGUUAAAUGGAGUCGUGAGUGCGUCAAGUGGUUCCGCAGCGAAAGCAUCAGCUGGCAGCAGCGAAUCGGUGUAUAAACCGGUGUACGGCGCACCUACAGUGGAACAUGCGUACACUUCGUACGAAGAGAAGCCGUUCGGCCCGUGGGACUUCAAAAAGGCGAUUUUCGGCACGUUGUUCCAAGCUCUCAAGGCAAUAGGUGGCGGCGUGUUGGCUCUCAAGGGUCAAUUAGUCAAGGGAAGUGGCUAUCUGCUAGCGGGCAAAGGCAAAGUUGUCAGUAAAGCAGGGGAUGUUAUCACAUCCUACGGUAAACAACUGGCAGCCAGUGCUGCAGCGAAGCCUUAUCCACCGGAACCUUAUUAUGAUUAUCCGCCCUAUCCGCCGACUCAGCAUAUAGGUCACGAUCACAGCUAUCCAGGGCCACCAGGCUCCGACGAUUUUUCCGAAGUGCCCGCGGACAUCUCUGGACACGAAACCUACGUGCCGUCAGACGACCAUGGUCAGGGCGGCCUGCUGAUCGUGACAUCGACGAAAUCUGACCUGGACAAGCACAGCGAUCAGCAUACGAACGCGGCGGUGCAGGAGAAACCGGAACCGGCCAAGCUGGCAGAGAGUUUCGGCGAACCGACCCAGAGCUCCGUCAUCAAGAGUCUCUUGAACAGCGUGCCGAAAGGUAGCGUCGGUUUGAAGGAUCAAACCAUAGCUGGCCAGGACAGUCACAGCAACAGUGACAACAACGCGGACCCUUAUCCUCCAGCUCAGCACCCGACCUAUGGUGUACCGGGUCACUACCCCGCGAACCACGGCAAUCCUACAUAUAACUACGAGCAGAAUUAUCCUGCCGUUCAAGAUCACGGCGCGUACCAGCAGGCCGAACUGCCGCAGGUCACGUCGCAUCAUCAGUUCUCGAACCUGGGCGUGGACCCAAAUCUACCGAUCCAGCCGAACGUGGGAUACCCGCCGCAGAUUCAAUAUCCGGGUCCGCAUAAUUCUCCGCUGGACCCGCCCAAGCUGCCACACGACGACGGCGGUACGUCGGUAUACGCGAGUCUGACCGUGGACACCGAGCCGCAGAUCGCGCCGUUGAAGGUGUCCCUCCUGGGCGAUUCGGGUGUCCUCGGUCUGCCCAAGCUGCAGCCGAACGUGGACUUUCACGGGCAGCCUCAGUUCGCCAACUACCUUCACGGCAGCAACUACCUUCACGGCAGCUUGGGCGGCCCGUUGAGGGUACCGCUUUUGAGCCCGAUGCCGUCUGCUUACUAUUGGCAGGGCCAAGGAUCGCUGGUACCGACCUCGGCCUUCGGCACGCUGGAUCAUUUCCGUAAAAGGAACGUCCGAGAGAGGCGGGCGUUCGCCAAACAACUCGCGCGAUACAUGUCGUUGCAGAACACGAGGCUCCAUCGGCUAUAAGGUCGAGGCAAGUAACGGCAAGUCGGCGAUGAAUAUGAUAGG